AUGGGCGGGCAGAUCAAAAAAGACAUUCUCAAGGAAAAGCAUAUUAAACUUCAAGAUGACAUUACUAGAGCUCACAAACAAAUUGAAUCUUAUACUAUGGAAAAUAAUAGAAUCAAAAAUGAUGUCAAAUUGAAAAAAGCUAAAUUAGUAGAAUCAUUAGAAGCAAUUAGUAAAAUUAAAGAAAAUUUGAUAACUACAAAAGAGGAAAUUAUAAAACUUAAUUCACAGAUCAUGAAUAGUUCUCAGGAAUUAGAGAUUUUGAAUAAUAGUAUUAAAAAUGAUCGCGAUGAAUUAAUCAGCCUCAAAGCCACAAAAGAAUCAAUUGCCAAUGAAUUAAUGAUGAUUGAAACAAAGAUUAUUGAAAGAAAAAAUUUAAUCGAACAUUUGAAUGCAGAAUGUUUGAAUUAUGAAAACACUCGUCGCUACUUACACAAUGUUAUUCAAGAUCUAAAGGGAAACAUUCGUGUUUUUUGCAGAGUUCGUCCACAAACUUCCGCAGAAAAAGAUGAACCUCUCACCGAAAUCAAGUACCCAGAAAGUUAUGAUAAUAGAAAAAUAGUGAUUGGUUCAGUUGUAAAAAAUUAUCUUAGAAUAAGCAGGAAUGUUUACAAGGAAUAUGAAUUUGAUUAUGUUUUCAAAUCUGAUAGUACUCAAGAACAAGUAUAUGCUGAGAUUGCUCAUGUUGUUCAAUCAGUAGUUGAUGGGUAUAAUUGUUGUAUAUUUGCUUAUGGUCAAACUGGUGCGGGAAAAACUUAUACAAUGCAAGGUUCCAAUACUCCUGAAAGUGAGGGUAUGAUCACCAGAGCAUUUAGACACAUUUUUAGUCUUGUCAAUGAAUUGAAAUCUCAGGGCUGGAAUUAUACAAUUGAAGGUCAAUUUAUUGAAAUAUAUAAUGAUAAUGUUUAUGAUUUACUUAAGAUUCCACGUGGAAAAUUCAAGGAUAUAAAGAUAACGCAUGACAUUGAAAAAGGUUCGACAAGAAUUGCUAAUGUAAAAACAGUAAACCUUGAGUCACCAAAACAUGUUAAUCAAGUACUUGAAUCGGCAACAAAGCAUCGUUCUGUUGCUUCUACAAAAAUGAAUAAUAAUUCUUCAAGAAGUCAUAGCAUCUUCAUGAUUCAUAUUGAAGGUUUAAAUUUGAUUACAAAUGAAACACGAUCAGGUUCUCUGAACCUUAUUGAUCUAGCAGGUUCUGAAAAAAUAUCGACAUAUGAUUCAACAGGAGAUCUUCAAACUGAAACAAUAUAUAUUAAUAAAAGUCUCAGUAGUUUAAAAACUGUUAUACAAAACAUCAAGGAAAGUACAAGUCAUAUCAAUUAUCGCGAUUCUAUUUUAACUUAUGUCUUAAAAAACUCAUUAGGUGGAAAUGCCAAGGUAUUAAUGCUAGUUAACAUUUCUCCAAUAAAAUCAUCUCAAGCAGAAACUGAAAGCAGUUUGGAGUUUGGACGUGUUGCAAAAGCUGCUCACAUUGGUAUUGCAAAAAAGGUUAAAACCUAA